AUGACUGAAAUCUUCAACUCUACCGUUCUAGAGAACUUGACUUCUCCUAGCUUGGUCCAGGUUACGAAGAAUGUGUUUGCGACACAGAGCCAACUUAAUGUCCUUGAAAAAUUAUGGGCUGCAUGGUAUGCGUACAUGCAGAAUGACACCUUGGCCACUGGUCUUAUGUUUUUCUUGACUCAUGAGCUCUGGUACUUUGGCAGAUGUCUUCCUUGGUAUAUUAUUGACAAGACUCCUUAUUUCCGUAAGUGGAAGCUUCAGCCAAACUACAUUCCUUCUGACAAAGAGCAGUGGGAGUGCUUAAAGGCCGUCUUAAGGGACCACCUAUGGCUUGAAGCUGCCCCAAUAUGGACUUUCCAUCCAUUGUGCAAGUCCCUUGGUAUUAAGGUGACUGUUCCUUUCCCUGCUUUACACACUAUGCUCUGGCAAUGGGCCUUGUUCUUCGUUCUCGAAGACAUGUGGCAUUACUGGGCACACAGAUUAUUCCACUACGGUGUCUUUUACAAGUACAUUCAUAAGAAGCAUCACCGUUAUGCAGCUCCAUUUGGUUUGAGUGCUGAAUAUGCUCAUCCUUUAGAGGUCGUUUCUCUUGGUGCCGGUACUGUUGGUUUCCCUAUUCUAUAUGCCUUUAUCACUCAUGAUUUACACUUGUUCACCAUUACCUGUUGGGUUAUCUUUAGAUUGCUUCAGGCUGUGGAUUCUCAUGCCGGUUACGAUUUCCCAUGGUCUUUGCAUCACUUUCUUCCCUUCUGGGCUGGCGCUGAGCACCAUGAUAGACAUCACCACUACUUCAUUGGUAAUUACGCUUCUUCGUUUAGAUGGUGGGAUUUCGUCAUGGACACUGAAGCUGGUCCUAUCAAGAAGGCCGAGAGAGAAGGUAGAAAGAAGUCUAAGAUUUCGGCCAAGAACGAGUAG